UGAGGACAAUGGUGACAAUGAUGGCUGAUUUAAUAACUGUCUCGUGUGUUAGGGAGCCAGUUCACAAGUGACCUGCUGCCGAGAUGCGUGUCUACGGGGCCUUAGUGUUGGUGGCGCUAAUUGCGCACACGCACGCUAUCGACAUCUGCAUCCUUGAUGCGCCUGACGUGAAAGCCGAGAUAGAGAACAACCCUUUGGGAGGAUUCAAUAUUAUAUUGGAAAGAAAGGGUCUAUCAGAAGUGAUAGCUGUGGUGGGACGCCGAACUGGCGCCAUCAAGGAUGUGGUACAAGAUGGCGACGUGGUGAUCCAGUUUGCCAAUGAUACUACUGUGAGGAUCAGCAGUGAAGAGGUGGUGGGGCAGAGGAACGGGUAUAUUAUUACGUUUACCUGGGAAGCGCCUAAGGGAGUCGGGUUGGAGGACUGUGUGAAUUUAGGCACUCACCACUGGUACGGGGGACCGCAGCAGAAACGUCAAUACUGGCCAAUAGAACGUCUGGUACUCCCGAACUACUCCUACGUUACAAAAGAGGCUGACAACUGCGGAGUAGCCGAACCCUACUGGCUGAACUCCGAAGGCGUAUUCUACUACUUCGACAAAAAAGUUCCUCUCUUCGUAGACCAAAACGAUUUAGAGAAAAACGCUGCCUGCUUCAUAGCACAAAUCAGAUCUCCAUAUUCCAGCAAAAGGGCAAAAACUGAGUUAAUAUACGCGAUAGGAAUCUUUGAGGAUGUAAGGAAAGCCCAUGAGUAUGCCGUUGAAAAGUAUUUGGAGAAGCCUUUAGGAAUACCUGAUGAGAGAAUGAUAACGUAUCCAGUUUGGUCAACCUGGGCCAGGUAUAAGAGAGAUGUGAACCACAAUACUGUGUUGGAAUUCGCUGAUGAAAUCACCAAGAACGGGUUUCCUAACAGCCAGUUGGAGAUUGAUGAUUUAUGGGAGACCUGCUAUGGUUCUCAGACGGUGGAUGUCAGAAGGUUUCCGAAUAUGAGGAAUACGGUGGAUAUUUUGAGGGCUAAAGGUUACAGGGUGACCAUGUGGACUCAUCCGUUUAUUAAUAAAGGGUGUGAGCCGUGGUAUUCAGAGGCGAAGGCUAAAGGAUACCUGGUAGCAUCAGAAUACGGUUCAGUGGAGACGAGCUGGUGGAACGACAACGAGACGACGACGGCACUCAUUGACUUCACGAAGCCGGUGGCACGGCAAUGGUACCUGGACCGACUGCAUGCCUUGAAGAACUUCUCUGGUAUUGACAGCUUCAAGUUUGAUGGUGGAGAAUCUAGUUGGGCGCCGCAGAUCCCAGUACUUCAAGGCGACAUUAGAGACCAACCAGGCGUGAUAUCAGCCGACUACGUAAGGACUGUCGCUCAAUUCGGACCCCUAGUGGAAGUCAGGGUUGGCUACAGGACCCAAGAUCUACCCGUGUUCAUCCGCAUGAUAGACAAGGACACUUAUUGGACCUUCGAGAACGGUCUUCCGACCCUCAUCACGACUCUCCUACAAAUGAACAUGAAUGGCUAUCCUUUGGUUCUACCUGACAUGAUCGGAGGGAACGGUUACAAUGAGCCACCUACUAAGGAGUUGUUCAUAAGGUGGCUGCAAGCUAACACCUUCAUGCCUAGCAUGCAGUUCUCGUAUGUGCCCUGGGAAUUUGAUAAUGAGACUGUAGCCAUAAGCAAGAAGUUCGUGGAGCUGCACGCUCGAUAUGCGCCGGCGAUCAUCGCCGCGUGCCGCCGCGCCGUGUCUGCCGGGGCGCCCGUCAACCCGCCCGUCUGGUGGAUCGCGCCCAACGAUACUGAGGCGCAUGAUAUCUCUGACGAGUAUCUCCUCGGCGAGUCUAUACUAGUAGCCCCAGUAAUAGAGCGCGGGGCCCGCAGCCGCGACGUGUACCUGCCGGCGGGGCGCUGGCUGGCGCAGGGCGACCCCGCCAGGCCGGUGCUGGGGGGAGACUGGAUCAGAGACUACCCUGCGCCUUUGGACACCCUGCCUUAUUUCGUUAAAGUGUAAUGAUGACUCCUAUGUGAGUCUUGAUGCGAACGCGAAACGAAUGAGUGAAG